UUAUGAUUGACUUAAAUAACGAGUGGGUCUCGGUCGCUCGGGUUCUAGACCCCAUGACGAUAUUUAAAUAAUUAAUUAAGAAAUGAAGUUAUCAGUGUCGGCUUAUAGAGCCCAAGCUAGUGCUCACAAAAAGAUCCUGUGUAAUUAUCAACAGCAACUCAGUUACGGUGCUACGACACACCAAAGUUCGACUGUCAGAACACCAUCUGAUCCAGCGGCACUACUAUCGGGCUUAAAGGUGGAUCGAACGGAGAACGAAGAAAUCCAGGGUGGAAGUCUGACAGCGACAUCUGCCUUGGCGUCUGGAUCCCGGAUGGGCGCGGGUCUAGACUCCGGUAGCAGCGCACCAUCUUCGGCCCAACAUUCUCAGGCGACAUCUCGCGAGGAGGAGGACGAUGAGGAAGAAAGUUCCAGUCGUCCUUCCGGUAACAGUGGCUCCAGGUCAUCAGGAAUCCAGCAGCGAUCUGGUCUAAUAAGACGACCGUCAUUGAGGAAAUCAAUCUCCAACGGUCAUGAUUACGAUUCUAAUUCAAACUCAUUGGAUUCAAAUUCAAAUUCAAAUUCAAAUUCGAUCGAGAGUGCAGACCCUCUGCCGAUUCCAGAGAACCCAAGAAGACAACGUAGCUCACGUGGCUCGCAAAAAUGGAGCAAUGUAAGGGCAGUGGUGGCGCUUUAUUCCUCACUACGGAAGAUCAAGAGAACAAAAAGUAACCAGCGAUGGAUGAAACUUCGCACAACAGUCCAACUAUCAUCAGCAAUUCAAACAAUUCAAAAAAAGCCGCCAUUAAAGCGUGAAGAUUCAUUUCUCAAGCGUUUUUCCACCCGACAAAUCCCCGAGAGCCAAGAAACCCUCGACGCUGGUGAAAAUGACGGUGACCCAACGAACAAAGAUUCGAAUCGCGGUAAGCGGCCGCGUAAGCCGCAGCGACCCCCGCGGACGGUAGUGAAUCCCGACGAAAAUUUUUACUACUACUGGCUGAUGUUGUUAUCAAUUUGUGUUCUCUACAAUCUUUGGACGCUAAUUGUCCGUCAAAGUCUUCCGGAAUUGCAAGAACUUUCGCCAUGGGCAUGGAAAUCGUGCGAUUGGUUUACGGAUGUAAUAUUUUAUCUUGACCUCGGAAUCCAAUUUCGAACGGGGUAUUUAGAGCAGGGUCUGAUGGUUUAUAACAGCCGUAAAUUGGCCGGUCAUUAUAUUAAAUCAAAGUCAUUUAUUUUAGAUUUGGUGACAAUUUUACCUUUAGAUUUAUUACAAUUUCAAUUUGGUGACAAUCCGAUGCUACGAUUCCCGCGUUUUUUUAAAUUAUAUCGUGUUUAUAAUUAUUAUUAUAUGGUAGAGUCGAGAACUGUGUAUCCGAAUUUGUGGCGAGUGUUAAAUUUAAUUCACAUUUUAUUAAUUUUGGCCCAUUGGUUUGGAUGCUUCUAUUAUUUACUGAGCGAAGCUGAAGAUUUUCAAGGCGACUGGGUUUAUCCAUAUCGACCUGGCGAAUAUGCGACACUCACUAGAAAAUACUUGGGAUCGCUGUACUGGUCAACUUUGACGCUUACUACCAUCGGCGAUUUGCCGACACCCGAAACCAACGCUGAAUAUGUGUUUACAAUAGUGAGCUACCUCAUCGGAGUGUUUAUUUUUGCGACAAUUGUUGGACAAGUUGGCAACGUAAUAACCAACAGAAAUGCUAAUAGACUUGAAUUUGAGAGACUUUUGGACGGCGCUAAGACAUAUAUGCGACAUCACAAGGUACCCGGUGGCAUGAAAAGAAGGGUCUUGAGAUGGUAUGACUACAGCUGGUCGAGGGGACGAAUUCAAGGUGGGGGUGACAUUAAUACUGCGCUUGGAUUACUGCCCGAUAAGUUAAAGACUGAACUUGCACUUCAUGUUAAUCUUUCUGUUCUUAAGAAAGUUACUAUUUUUCAGGAGUGCCAACCGGAAUUCCUUCACGACCUAGUUCUAAAAAUGAAAGCCUACAUCUUCACACCGGGUGAUUCAAUCUGCCGGAAGGGUGAAGUCGCCCGAGAGAUGUUCAUAAUAGCUGACGGCAUUUUAGAAGUUAUCUCUGAGACCGGUCGGGUCCUAACUACUAUGAAAGCCGGUGAUUUUUUUGGUGAAAUUGGCAUCUUAAAUCUCGACGGUCUAAACAAACGUACCGCCGACGUUCGUUCUGUCGGCUACUCGGAACUAUUCAGUCUUUCCCGAGAGGAUGUACUGGCCGCGAUGAAAGACUACCCCGAGGCACAAGAAAUCCUGCAGAACCUUGGCAGAAAACGGCUGAUGGAAGCCCAGCGUGUCGCGCGCCUCUACCGGGCCCCGGUGUCACCAGGUCAUGAUUCAUCAGACAACAGCACCAGCAAACGGAUAGUCUCGAAACUAAAGAGCGACGUGAGAAAUCUCAAGACCGUUUUACGCAAGAGCCGAAGGGCAACGCGGCCAGAAGAAGCCAUGGAGUUGCAGCCAUUGACAUCGAAGGUCCCGCCACUACGUCGACAGAAUAAAGUCGACGUCGAAGACAGAAUCGAGACUGUAGCAGCCGUCGAACCUCCAGUAUCACCUCUCGGUGCGGGGUUACCCCUUCUUUCACGCCUUCGUCUUCUUAAAGAAAAACAUGACCGUGAAGAGCGACGCCAUCUUGUUGACCAUCCUCCUGACCGUCCACCAGAGCCAGUAAAUUUAACCGCAAAACCCGAAGAUUUGAAUCCUAUGAAUCCAAAUUUGCCUCUGCUGCAGAGGAUUCUGUUGCUGAAGAAUAAAACAGAACCUGAACCAGUCGAUAAAGAAAUUUCUAAAGACUCCAAGGUCAGUAAAGAAGGUAAAAUUUUGAAAGAAAAACUUUUGCCUAAAAAAGUGGAGGUUGCGCCCAAAAAAACAGAUCUCGCUUGUGUGGAUAACACCAACGAAGCCAAGCGGCCGUGGGAAAUGCUGAAGGAUGCGUCGAUAAGUACGGCAACUGUGUUAUCGAGCGUGCAGAGCCAGCAGGUGGUAAAGAAGACCCCGAAGGUGGUAAAGAAGGAAUCGCAAAGGCAAAGUCUCGUGCAGAUAAGGCAGCAAACUAAAAUGUACUCGUCUGUUGAUGACUUAUCACCAGAGUACUGCGGGUUACCUUUUGUUAAGAAGUUGAAGAUUUUGAAUGAAAGGCAAAAGUUGGCGGAACUUGAAAGAGCCGUCAGAAGCUCGAGUUUAGAUGCCGGUGAGGUCGCGGAAGCAGAGUUCGAUGGUAAUUUAACGAGGAGUCAUUCUGAGGCUUGCGCUAUUGAGUAUACGAGAAAAUUGGCGAAAUUUAAUAAGGAACAUGGAAGUAUUCGAACAGAUUCAUUGUCACCAGAGAAUGAAACACUCGAGAGGCGAAAUUUGAAAAGUAUAUUAAAAAAAUUAUCUGCUGGAAGUCGUGCCGACAGCUCAGAGACGACGAUAACACCAGAUCCAGAAUUAGUGACCGCGGAAUUGAAAAAGUUGAUGCGUGCGCCGACGAUCGAGGGGUACGCGGCGCGACACUCUAAAUUAUCAAAGAGUGUCACGUUUAAUUACACAAUGCAAAGUCCACCGUCGGAAUCUUCAGGGGCCAAUAUCGACUUGACUGGAGAAAGCAGUGGGAGUACUGACGGGCGAAUGGAAGAACUAAAGGGUGGAGAUAUAUCGUUACCAAAGCCCAAGAAAUAUAGUAUCCGUCCUCUUGGUAGCGGUGAUAUCAUUAAAAUGCUUUCGAGACCUGAAGACGAGUAUUUGGGCGAUUUGGUCACUGGGAUUAAAAAUGUUGUACAUAAGAGGAUGGAGGCGUUGCAGAAUAAAUUUGCUCACCAAUUUUCCUCAUUGGAGCUCGAAAUCCACAAACGAGAUCAACUGAUAACUCAACUGCAGUCCCGAAUCUACGAACUCGAGCGACUGAACCCCAACCGGUCAAGCAGCGGGAACGAUAACGCAGAUUCUGGUGACGAUAGUACCGACCUUGACGUCUCUCUCGACGACGACACUCUUCGAGACCACGACGAGCAUCCAUUUAUGAGAGACGGCUCAGUUGAUACAGUAUUAGGCGCUGCUCGAUCGUCACUUACUCGUUCUUCCAUACCGACCGCAGAGCAGCGCUGCCGGAAAAGGAGAUCCUGGGAAGAACAUUCUGAGGAAGAAACCCUCCAGCUCCAAGAUCUACCCAGAUCAAUAUCUCCUCAGAGUCUGUGGCGCGAAGGAGUCGUAAUCGAUAUCGAAAGCUCCGACGACGACAGACCCCGAAGAUGCGCGAGCGAAUCCGCGGCUGACGACGAGGAAGAUUCGAUCGACAGUGACAAGGGCCCGAAUAAUUGGGAGCUCAAAAUGUUGGCCGAGCAAUUAAAGAAAAGAAAACGCAGUCAUGAGACUCCAAGUCCUGGCUCCUAGCGCAUUAAUCGAAUUAUUAGUAUUUUUAGUUACUCAAAAAUUUAUAAAAUUUUUAAUAAUAAUAAUAAUAGUGUCGGUGAAUUGAAUGUUUUCCAGAUUUUCGAAACUAGAUAUACUGAUAACUGCCGUAAUUUAUCAUUCAACGGUUUAAAUGGUUGUAAUGAGACCAUUAUAUCAUCCAUUAAUUGAUUAAUCAGUCAAUUAAUCGAUCGACUCACAAUUUUAUUAAUUUUUUAUUGUUUUAUAUUGACUUUUAAAAGGAAGAGCUCGAAGUGUAAAACGAAUUUUAAAUUUUUUACUUUGAUUAAUCGGCUGAUUAACUGAUUAAUUGAGCGAUUAAUCGACUGAUUAACAGAAUUUUUCUAUAAUUCUUCGACUUUUUAGUUAACGUCUUAAAAGUGUG